UUGGGAGAUAUGUCAGGUAGUGCUUGCAGCAUAGUUUGGUUCAGAAGGGAUCUGAGAGUUGAAGAUAAUCCAGCACUUGCAGCUGGUGUUAGAGCUGGCGCUGUUGUUGCGGUUUUUGUAUGGGCACCUGAAGAAGAAGGCCAUUAUUACCCUGGCAGGGUGUCAAGGUGGUGGCUGAAGCACAGUUUGGCUCACCUUGAUUCUUCUUUGAGGAGCCUUGGUACUUGUCUCAUCACUAAGAGAUCUUCUGAUAGUGUUUCCUCUCUGCUUGAGGUUGUUAAAUCUACUGGUGCUACUCAGCUCUACUUCAAUCACUUGUAUGAUCCUAUAUCACUGGUUAGGGAUCAUCGGGCAAAGGAGGUAUUAACAGCCCAUGGUGUAGCAGUUCGAUCGUUCAAUGCAGAUUUACUUUAUGAACCCUGGGAUGUAAAUGAUGCUCAAGGACGCCCUUUCACUACUUUUUCUGCUUUCUGGGAAAGAUGCCUGAGCAUGCCCUAUGAUCCUGAGGCUCCACUUCUUCCUCCUAAGAGAAUCAUUUCAGGCGAUGUGACAACUUGCCAUUCGGAUGAAUUGGUGUUUGAAGAUGAAUCAGAGAAGGGAAGCAAUGCGCUUUUAGCUCGAGCAUGGUCACCUGGUUGGAGUAAUGCUGAUAAGGCUUUGACCACAUUCAUUAAUGGACCUCUAAUUGAGUACUCUAAGAAUAGAAGAAAGGCUGAUAGUGCCACCACCUCAUUUCUCUCUCCCCACUUGCACUUUGGGGAGGUGAGCGUCAGAAAAGUCUUUCAUCUUGUCCGCAUCAAGCAGGUUCUAUGGGCCAAUGAAGGGAAUAAAGCUGGUGAGGAGAGUGUUAACUUGUUUCUCAAGUCAAUUGGUCUGAGGGAAUUUUCAAGAUACUUGAGUUUUAACCAUCCUUACAGCCAUGAAAGGCCUCUUCUUGGGCAUCUUAAGUUUUUCCCUUGGGUAGUGGAUGAGGGCUAUUUUAAGGCAUGGAGACAAGGUAGAACUGGUUAUCCAUUGGUGGAUGCUGGCAUGAGAGAGUUGUGGGCCACUGGCUGGCUACAUGACCGGAUAAGAGUUGUAGUUUCAAGUUUCUUUGUGAAGGUUCUGCAGCUUCCAUGGAGAUGGGGUAUGAAGUACUUUUGGGAUACCUUAUUAGAUGCAGAUUUAGAGAGUGAUGCUCUUGGUUGGCAGUAUAUAUCCGGUACUCUUCCGGAUGGCCGUGAGUUUGACCGCAUAGAUAAUCCACAGUUUGAGGGUUACAAAUUUGACCCACAUGGAGAAUAUGUCCGAAGGUGGCUCCCUGAACUUGCAAGAUUGCCAACAGAUUGGAUUCACCAUCCAUGGAAUGCUCCUGAAUCUGUACUCCAAGCUGCUGGAAUUGAGCUCGGAUCAAAUUACCCUCUUCCUAUUGUAGGAAUAGAUGCUGCAAAAGAUAGGUUGCAAGAAGCACUUUCGGUGAUGUGGCAGCAAGAAGCUGCUUCAAGAGCUGCAAUUGAGAAUGGAACUGAAGAAGGCCUUGGAGACUCUAGUGAAUCAGCGCCAUUUGCCUUCCCUCAAGACAUACAAAUGGAGGAAAAUGUUGAACCAGCAAGGAACGGUGCUCCAGCUACAACUCGGCGAUACGAAGAUCAGAUGGUUCCUACCAUGACUUCUUCUUUGGUGAGAGGCAUACAUGAAGAAGCUUCUUCGGAUCUUAGAACUUCAACAGAAGAUAGCAGAGCAGAAGUUCCAAGAAACAUUAAUAUACAUCAAGAACCACAAAGAGACUCAUUAAACCAGGGAAUUCAGCAAACAGCUCGUAACAACAACACUUUUCGGCAAUUUAAUCUGCCAAUGGGGUUGGGAAAUGCUGAGGAUUCCACAGCAGAUUCAUCUACUAGCAGUAGUAGGAGAGAAAGGGAUGGCGGAGUUGUUCCAGUUUGGUCUCCUCCAGCUUCUAGUUAUUCAGAGCAGUUCAUAGGUGAUGAAAACGGUAUUGCUACGAGCUCAUCUUAUUUACCAAGGCAUCCACAGUCCCACCAAAUAGUAAACUGGAGGCGUUUAUCUCAAACUGGGGAAAACUAUUGAACGCUGCUGUUGGACAUUGGUGAAAUCUCCAACUACGAGAUUUGGAUGGGAUCAGACUUCAGAGUAAAGCUCAUUAUGCAUGCUUUUUAUGCUCUCAGGCUUUUCUGGUUCAGGUGCUCGAAGAACACUGUAUACAAAAGUUGCGGCCAUUGCUCCAAGAACUGGAGCUACAAUAUAGACCCAAAGGUUUUUAUAAACACCGGAGGCAACAGCAGGGCCUAAACUUCUUGCAGGGUUCAUCGAAGCUCCGGUAAUCGGCCUGGCAAAUAUAUGGAGAUCAUAAAUUUUACUAUAUGAAGUAUGAUCGAAAGAAUUGUUCAUGAAAUAUAAAAAAGAAUGGAAUGUUGUCGAAAGAAUUGUUCAUGAAAUAUAAAAAAGAGUGGAAUGUUGCUGGGAAAGUUCACUUACCCAGCUACAAUGACAUUAAA